AUGUUUGAUACUCUUUAUCCAAACACUCACACACUCAGAGAGUUUACCAACUAUUUUAUGUAUAGAACUCCAUUGAAAGAGAUUCCAAUUACUCCGAUUUCCGGCUCAACCUUAGGCUCCAACACCAGAAUGCAGCCAUGCAGUGCACAGUGGAAGAGCAUGAGAUUGAGCGGGAGUCGGAGUAAUCACAGAACAUCAGGCUCUUCAUCUACCGCGGCUUGA